AUGAUGAAAGAACAUGUGUCAUUCUUCGCUCCAAGUGAUGAUUCAUAUUUAAGGUUUCAAUAUCUAGAUAUUCACACACCAACUACAAUUAGUUGGGGCGUGAACAAUAGAACUGCCGCAAUAAGGAUUUCCUGUCUCGGCAGCAAGUGCCGUCUAGAACACCGUGUUCCCGGGGCAGAUUGUAACCUUGAAAAAGUACUUAUAGCAAUAAUUGAAGGUAUUACUUUUGGUAUAGAAAACAAAAUUGCCCCUCCAAAUAGAGUAUAUGGUAUCGCAUCUGACCCUCAAUAUAAGAUGGAGAAUUUAGCAUAA